AUAAAAAUGGCGUAAAAUGUCCGAGUCAUCGCCGCACGCGGGAAAUCUUGCUUGUGGCGGCGCGUGUCAUCCAAGCGCAGUACAAUUAGCUAUAAACCCCCCAAAUCGAGACGCGAGUCUCGAGUCUUUCGCCUUUGGCUUCUGGAUCCUCGUGUUGAUGAUUGAGAAUACAUCGAAUUCGAAAUUGAAGUAAGCCAUCAUCGUUUCUUUUCCGGAUUCCAUAACUCAAUUCGAGAAUCACCCAAGGGAAUUCUAAAAAGCAAGUGUGCUUCUGACUCAAAACCCGCACACAAGAUACUCAACGAGGGAACUUAAAAAAUGAGUUUUGCGUGCCUUGUGUGCCAUAGUGUAGAGAGCCCAUCCCAUUCACUUAGAAGCUACUCUGUUUCUAGCUCAGACAACGAGGGUAGAUGCUCUGUGAUUGCCAGCUGCCUCACAAGGAAAUCACUCAUUCAAGCUGCAAGAUCAAGCACUUUCCCUGCAUCAUCCUCAAAAGUAACCCCACAACCCAAUUUCCAAGCAGGUGAAGGAGCCUCACCACGCUUAGUACGAAGCCGUGCAGUGAGAAGAGACAUUGUCAGAGACUGGAACUUCAACGAAAUCGAUACCGAGCUUUAAAAUCAAACCUGACUCGUCUCUUAGGAAUAGUAUUAGUUUGUUCAGCAACUACCCUUUUUUUUUUUUACCUCCUGUUCAAAGUUUUGUAUUGGGUUUAGAGUGCUUUGCAAACCAAUAAUAUAAUAUUUUCCUGGCAGUUUAUUCAA